AUGAGUGAAAAAAAACCCAGCGAAUCCCAUGCUGACACCCCUGCUAAAUUGGACGACCCCUACAUAUUCCAUACUGACACCCCUGCUAAAUUGGACGACCCCUACAGAUUCCAUGCUGACUCCCCUGCUAAAUUGGACGACCCCUACAGAUUCCAUGCUGACACCCCUGCUAAAUUGGACGACCCCUACAGAUUCCAUGCUGACACCCCUGCUAAAUUGGACGACCCCUACAGAUCCCAUGCUGGCACCCCUCUGAAUCAAGGGAUAAGUCAAGGAAUAAGUCAAGGGAUAAGUCAAGGAAUAAGUCAAGGAAUAAGUCAAGGGAUAAGUCAAGGAAUAAGUCAAGGGAUAAGUCAAGGAAUAAGUCAAGGAAUAAGUCAAGGGAUAAGUCAAGGAAUAAGUCAAGGAAUAAGUCAAGGAAUAAGUCAAGGAAUAAGUCAAGGGAUAAGUCAAGGAAUAAGUCAAGGAAUAAGUCAAGGGAUAAGUCAAGGGAUAAGUCAAGGAAUAAGUCAAGGAAUAAGUCAAGGGAUAAGUCAAGGGAUAAGUCAAGGGAUAAGUCAAGGAAUAAGUCAAGGAAUAAGUCAAGGAAUAAGUCAAGGAAUAAGAAUAAGUCAAGGAAUAAGUCAAGGAAUAAGUCAAGGAAUAAGUCAAGGAAUAAGUCAAGGAAUAAGUCAAGGAAUAGGUCAAGGAAUAGGUCAAGGAAUAGGUCAACAAAUAGGUCAAGGAAUAGGUCAAGGAAUAGGUCAAGGAAUAAGUCAAGGAAUAAGUCAAGGAAUAAGUCAAGGAAUAAGUCAAGGAAUAAGUCAAGGAAUAAGUCAAGGAAUAAGUCAAGGAAUAAGUCAAGGAAUAAGUCAAGGAAUAAGUCAAGGAAUAAGUCAAGGAAUAAGUCAAGGAAUAAGUCAAGGAAUAAGUCAAGGAAUAAGUCAAGGAAUAAGUCAAGGAAUAAGUCAAGGGAUAAGUCAAGGGAUAAGUCAAGGGAUAAGUCAAGGAAUAAGUCAAGGGAUAAGUCAAGGGAUAAGUCAAGGAAUAAGUCAAGGAAUAAGUCAAGGAAUAAGUCAAGGGAUAAGUCAAGGGAUAAGUCAAGGGAUAAGUCAAUGA